GUUUGCUGGUAAACGCGGGAAUGUGCUGCAAAUCAGAAGCUAUUUGAUCUUGAGGUCCUACUUGUCGUUUCACAAUCUUGCCUUUUUAUUAUUUUGGUCUCUGCUAGAAGGUCGGAUGACACUUUCCGUGUUCAAUUAUUGUUGAGCAAUGAAAGUUCACUGUGAAAUUCCCUCGAGUGGUUAUUAAAUAUGUCUUCUUGAUUGCUAUGGUAACUCUUCGUUGAGGUUGAUACGAAGUUCGGAGAAUAACGAUAUUAUUCAUUUCAAUUUGAAUCCUUCUGUCUCAAUCCGGAUUUUUUUUGGGACUGAGCCUCAAGCCGGGUUUGAAACUCCUGAAGAUGCUUCCGUAUUCGCAGGGGAAGCCUCCUUCCCCCCCCCCCCUAAUUUAAGUAUGUAACAUUAUGCCCUUGUUAUGUAGUUCUACCGAGCUUUGUUUCCAUUAACAUUUUACUAGUUCCGCAAGCUUGUCGUCAGGGGAUGUCAUGGAUGGUAAGGACGUAUCUUCCGAUCAAGUCAUUGCAGAAAUGCUAGAAAUGGGGUUUGAAUAUGCCAAUAUUAUGGAAGCUUUGAAAGCAGUAGGUCUAUCUACUCAUAGUGCCGUAGAGUUUAUCCUGAAUAAUGCUGGUAGAGAUAGCGGUAGGGCAUCUCCUUCUAGGAUUAAUAAUUCCAAAUUUCAUAAGGGCAACGAGAAGGGCCUCAGAAAAGGGGACUUGGCCUCAUCCCAUUCCGCAAGUUACGUUCGACAGUCCAGUAUCCUGGACCAUCUCCAAGCCACUAAUGAAUCAACAAAAAGAAAGAUAGAUAUUGUACGUGGUGUGCCGUUCAGUAGGUUGGAAGUUCCUUCAGGCACUGUGGAAGAGGUCACAGAGCCUUUCUCUGACAUGGAUGCUGAUUCCAAUAUCUUGUCAGGAAAUUGUAAGGCUGAUUCCCUGGAUGAAUUGGAUGGUUCAUCAGACUGGGAGCAGAAAGCUAGCAAUCUCUUGCAGGAGCAUUUUGGCUUUUCAUGCUUAAAGAGUUUCCAAAAGGAAGCCCUGACUGCCUGGGUAGCUCAUAAAGACUGUCUUGUCCUGGCUGCAACGGGAUCUGGAAAGUCUUUGUGCUUUCAGAUUCCUGCAUUGCUAUCUGGGAAAGUGGUGGUUGUGAUUUCGCCCUUAAUAAGCCUGAUGCAUGAUCAAUGCUUAAAGCUAGCAAGACAUGGGAUCAGCGCCUGCUUUCUUGGGUCUGGGCAACCUGACAAUACUGUUGAACGGAAGGCAAUGAGAGGCAUGUAUAGUAUAGUAUAUGUAUGCCCAGAGACAGUUCUGAGAUUGAUUGAACCACUACAGAAGCUUGCAAGAAGUCAUGGUAUUGCUUUAUUCGCAAUUGAUGAAGUGCAUUGUGUUUCUAAAUGGGGCCAUGAUUUCCGGCCAGACUACAGACGGCUGUCUGCAUUAAGGGAAAAUUUCAGUACUCACAAGCUAGAAUUCCUGAAGUUUGAUAUACCUCUAAUGGCUUUGACUGCUACAGCCACCAACCUGGUUCGAGAGGAUGUUUUGAAGUCACUACAUAUGUCAAAAGAAACAAAGAUUGUUCUCACUUCCUUUUUCCGGCCUAAUUUACGGUUCACUGUAAGGCAUAGUGGGACAUCUUCAUCUUCGUAUGGGAAAGAUUUUCAUGAGCUAAUUGAACUAUAUGGUAAAAAGCAAAAGUCAGUUGACAAGAAAAAAGUUUUUAUAUCAGAGGAAUCACCAGAUGUUUUCAUUAGCUCUGAUGCCAGCGGAAUCAGAGAGGUUGACAGUCUUUCUCCUUGUGAUUUGGAUGCUGACCAAGAUGAUUACAGUGAAGGAGGUAUUAAUGUAUUGCAUUCAAGAAGCACUAGUGGUGCUAUAAAUGGAAAAGAAUUGUCAGUCGAGUACCUGGAAAACGACAUUGAGAUCUUUCAAAGUGUGGAUGACUGGGAUGUUGCCUGUGGUGAAUUCUGUGGACAACCUUCUCAAAAGGAAUGGAAGUUAUCUGAGAUUGCUGAUCCACCCAAGAAAUUGGAAGAAAGACUUAGACUUCUUGAAGGGCCUUUAGAGCGAGGACCAACUAUCAUAUAUGUACCCACCAGGAAAGAAACGCUGAACAUUGCAAAGUAUCUAUGUGAAUUUGGUGUGAAGUCUGCUGCUUAUAAUGCAUCGCUGCCCAAAUCACAUCUAAGAAGGGUACACAAGGAUUUUCAUGAAAACACACUAGAGGUUGUUGUUGCAACAGUAGCUUUUGGAAUGGGGAUUGACAAAUUGAAUGUUAGAAGAAUCAUCCAUUAUGGUUGGCCACAGAGUUUAGAAGCCUAUUACCAAGAAGCUGGUCGGGCUGGACGAGAUGGUAAAUUAGCAGAUUGCAUUCUUUAUGCGAACCUAUCAAGGUUGCCGUCACUUUUGCCCAGUCAUAGAAGUGAAGAUCAGUUGAAACAUGCCUAUGUCAUGUUGUCUGAUUGUUUCAGAUAUGGAAUGAAUACUUCCUCUUGUAGGGCUGAGACUCUCGUGAAGUACUUUGGAGAGGAUUUCCAUAAUCAAAAGUGUCUGAUAUGUGAUGUGUGUGUUGAUGGACCACCUCAAAUGCAAAAUCUGAGAGAGGAGGCAUGUACUUUACUCCAAGCGGUAGCUGAACAUUAUGGACAAUGCUCUGAUGUGGAUGGCUUAUAUGAUGACGAUAUACAUUUUGACUCUGAAGGAAGAAAAAUUAAAGGGAGGCUUAGUCUUAAUAUGGUUGUUAGGAAGAUAAGGGGGCAGUCUCAAAAAUUUUUGACCACUGAUACGUUAUGGUGGAGAGGUCUCGCUCGAGUUAUGGAACAGAAAGGAUACAUCAGGGAAGGAGAUGACAAGAGUCAUGUGCAGAUUAAGUACCCGGAACCAACAGAAGUGGGAUUGAAAUUCGUCAAGUCAAAUCGUGAGCAAGCUUUCUAUGUUUACCCUGAGGCGGAUAUGCUGCUUGCGGCGAAAAGCAGCCACAGCAAACCAUACUCCUCAUUCUCGGACUGGGGAAAAGGUUGGGCAGAUCCUGAGAUUCGUCGCCAGAGGCUCCAAAAAAUGCAACUCGAUAGGAAGUUAACGAUGCUGCCAACUCCUAGAAAAUCGCACAAGAGAAAAGCUAUCAGAGUGAGGCCUGACCUGAGGACUUGUCGUGGGAGACUAGCGGCAAAACUCUCCAAACGUACGUGAUUUCGAGAUUUAUUAGACGGUUUAUUCAUCUUGAUUUCGUUAAGAAUGAGAAACUUGUUCAAAUUGACGCGUAUGGUCACCGAUUAUACUGAUAUUGUAGCAGAGCAAUCCUUCAGUUGUCAUCUUAAUGCCAGGAAGCUCAUUCAUUUGUCUCGAUAUUUUUUCUAAAAGUCAAUUCUAUAGUUUUUAAAUUGUUUGCAAAUACUUCAUAAUUUCUUAAGACAAAAAUGUAUUCUUUGCAAUAUUUA